AUGCCAGCUCAUAAAAGGGCCCUUGCAGAAUUUAAUGAAAAAGUUCUGAAACCAGGUUGUAAUUUGAAGGACUUACAUAUUCUCGAAAAGAAUGAAAAGGAUGGGGGUUUAGGAAUGAAAAUUAUCAUUAAAGAUAUCUUAGGCAAUGAAAUGUGGAAUAGCGGUAAAUAUAAAAAACGUAGUACAUUAACUGUAUUUUGUUAUAAAAACCAUACUUGGAAGAGCAGUAUUCCUGAAAUGCCACAAGUAUCUUCAGUUUGUAAUAUGGAUUUAGAAUGUGAAAGAGCACUUGCUUCCGCAUGUAUCAAAACUAAGGAAGGAAAGGUCAACAUCGACGAUAAAAAAAUUGCAGAAGCACUUAUAUCAUUUGUUGCCAGAGAACUCCCAAAAGCUACAAGAAUAUGGAUUAUAGAUUCUAUUCCAAAAAGUUUAUUACAAACUGAUAUGUGGGCCGAAGUAGCAUGUGCAUGGUUAGAAGAACUUGAAGAAGUCCCAGAUUUUUCACAAGAGCUUAAAGUGAAAUAUAAUGAACUUGAAAAAUUCCUGGAAGGUGCACAAUCUUAUCGAUUUUGUUGCUGGCGAGAAAGAGAAGCAUAUCUUGGUUGCGAAGAUUCAGAACGGAGUGCAUCAGAAGCAUUACCUUGGGUAAGGCAAUAUGGCUUUUCAGAACAAAUACAACGUCGUGCCUGUGUUGAUAAUAUCGAAUCUAUCCGUUCUUUGACUGGCAUUGUCCAGCUAGUAAUAUGGGAAUUUUCUCAAGGCUUGCACUCAUUUACUGCUGGACUUAUUGGGCAACAUCUCACAGAAAAGGAAGGCUGGAUUCCGACACCUUUUAUAGAUUACCUGCUUAGUGCUGGAUGGUUCAUAAGUGCAACCCCAAGAGAAAUUAUAUAUAGUGUUGGCAAAAAGUCUCAGAUUGAAUUUCCACCUGAUCGUGAUUUAGCAGUUCGUUUCGUAGAAUCAUGUGCUUGUAAUGCACAAGUUACAUCUGUUUUAAUUCGUAACAAAAAUGAAGCAGAUAUGAUUAAUCAAUGGCUAGUAAGAAAAAAAUGUCAGCCAAACCGAACAAGUAAUGAGUAUGGAACUCUAAUCAAGUAUGAGGGGGAUAAAAAACGUGCUCAAUGGUUGCAUAUUCGCUUCUUUGUCCUUGCCUAUAUUCAUAUUGCUGUCCUCAAACAACUGAAGCGCUUCCCAAUUGAAAAUGUAUUCUAUGACAAGAUUUUUAAUCUAGAAGAAAAAAAUAUAGACACUACAGAGAUUAAAAAUGAAUUUAAUAAAAGAGAAAAGCAUGCUGAAUCCAUAAUCGUUAUAGAUACUCCAAUGAUUAAGUAUAGUCAAUGGCGCAAGAAAAAGCCAGUUGGCCAGGGAGGAAGUGGAAAAACAAUACGAGCUAUCCAUGUAUUUUCCAAUCGAAAAAUUGUGGUUCUCACUCCAGCAAACUUACUUGCUGAGUAUCAUAGAAAACAAAAUCCAGGCUUAACGGCCAUGACGUAUCAUAAGUAUUUUCAUUUGGGAGCAACUGCAAUCAAUGAGUGGGAUCCUGUAUGUCUUGGAAAAAAGACGCUUGCCGAAAUACUAAUCUUCGAUGAAGCAUGUAUGAUACCUAAAAAAGUAUUACAGAGAUUGUUAUCUUAUGCUGAAAGCCAAGGUUGUCAAAUAAUAAUGUGUGGUGAUCCGGGCCAACUUACAUCAUGGGGUGACAAAGAAGGUCCACAUAAAUUUCUUACAGAAUGGGCUGAUGAAGUAAUCUGGUGUAUAGAAGACUAUAGUGCACAAGAUGACGAACUCAAGGCAUUAAAAUUACGUAUGUGGAUGAAAAAUGAUAUUAUCCAAUUACUAGAAUUUUGUAAGGCCAUACCUAAAACAACAUGGGAAAAUGCUCUUGCCCAGUGGACUCCAAAUAAUAUCUGGAUCUGUUCUACAAAUGAUAUGGGUAUGCGAAUUGAAAGUGCAUUAUUACAAGCACAUGCAUCACACUUUCCCAAUGAGCCUUCAAUUAUUCGUUUCGAUCCAGAUGAUAGUAUCAAACAUAAAUACCGUAUUCAAGAAAAGCCAGUACAAAUUCCGAGUAGCAUUGAAAUUAUAGAAGCAUAUAAAUAUGCUGGGUGGGGAACAAUUCAUCGAAUUCAAGGACAGACUAUCGAGGCUCCAAAACAUUGUUUCAUUGUGGACCAUAGCUUGGAAGUUGCACCGCCAAAUGAUAUACUCGAAUAUAUUGAGCUGACUGAACUUCAAGCAACUCCUUGUCCACAAAUUAUUGAAGCAAAAUUAAGACGUUACAAGUUGAAUGAUUGCAGAAAGAACCGACAUUUUCCAAGGCCACUUAUUAUAGUCGAGGAUUGGGAGGUAGACAAUAAAUCAGAUUUAAUUAAAGAUUCUACAGUAUGUGAAAAGCCCCUUUUUCUAGCAGAAAAUGAUGAGAAAAAUGCUAUUUCUUCACUCACAAUAAAAGACAUUAUAGGAAUUGCAAUUCAGCAGAAUAAAUGUUGUAAAGUAUGUCGUGUUCCACUUUUAUUCCAAGGCUACCCCAAACAUUAUCCACAGUCAUUUUCGGUUGAUCGGCUUGAUGAUGCUGAAGGACAUUAUCGUCAAAACAUAAGAAUUACUUGUCUUCAUUGUAAUGAAUGGCAUCAGCGCUGA